AUGGCGGAAGAAGCAGAGUUGGAGUUGGAGUCAGAAAGUGAUACAAAUACAAGUGCUAUUGGUACUAGAAGUGUGAAGAAAAACAUUUCUAUUAAGUUGAAGCAACCCGCUAAAGCCACUCGUGGCCGCCCUAGGAAAGGUUCCAAAGUGACCCGCUCUACUUCAAAAAAAGAAGAAGUUCAAGAGAAAGAGGAUACAGGUGACCAAGCUGGAAAUGAUGCAGUGAUAGAGCCACCAAUAUUUAAGCAGCCAGCACGUGAACCUGUCCAUCAAAGCCAGCCUCUUCAAUGGAACCAUAAGGUUAACCUCAUUGGAGAGAAAGUAGUGGACCCUCUAGUCCAUUGUUGUGAAAAAUGUCUACUGCCCAUACUGAUAUAUGGCAGAAUGAUACCAUGUAAGCAUGUGUUCUGUUUUGAUUGUGCUAAGCAGACAGAGAAAACCUGUCCAAGAUGUGAGGACCCUGUACAAAGGAUUGAACAAUCUGCACUUGGAACAGUGUUUAUAUGCACGUAUGAGAGUACAAAGCAUGGUAGAGCAGGUUGUCGUCGGACCUACCUCUCACAAAGGGACCUUCAGGCUCAUGUCCUCCACAGACAUAUCCGACCAGCAGAAAUGAGUGCGAAGAUGAGUGGGGAGUCUUCAAGAGAUUCUCAUGGAGGUUCAGAGUCUUCUCAUCGAAGUAGUCAGUCGUUAGAUCAAUACUCCUCAUCCUCAUCAAAACCAAAGCAUAUGUCACAGUUAGAACAUUACUCCACCUCCACUGGGAGACAUGUGGAGGGAUCACACACCAUGUCAUCCAGGUCUGGUGGAGAAGACUCAUUGUACCGUGAAGACAGGGUUAAUCGUGUGAUAACACAAAUGCCCUCUCAUACACAGCCCCUGUCAUCUCAGCACAGUAAUGUCAUGUCUGUGAGUCCAGCCAUGAUUCCACAUAGCCAGCCUCCUCCCCAGCUUCAGGCUAUGGGAAUGCCACCUCAACAACACCCGGUGUCUUCACAUGAUGGCUAUCAGAUGUCCAGUAUACCUGUUAUGUCUGGUGGACGGACUAAUUUGAUAACUGUUCAACUGCAGGAUGAUACAGACUUCAGGAGGCGCGAGUCUUACAUGGGACCUCAGACUGGAGUUAUUCCCCCUGCUGUUUCAUUUUCAACAACAAUUCCCCCUCCAGGACUACCACCUCCUCAAUUUGCGUCAUCAACAAUGGCUCCGUCCAUGCAUCAAGGUCCACCUCCUGUUUCUUACACUACACCUCAAGUGAACCAGGCAGGACCAUCCCCUUUCUCUUCCCCCACUGUAGGACAGUCUGCUUUGGUGUCUGGAAUGCCCAAUGCCCCUGUAUCCCACCCUCCCCCCGGGCCAGUUCCUCCACCCAGAGUAAAUGUUCCACCUCCUGUAUCACUCCAUGGACUUCAAGGUGGACCACCAAGGAUGAACAUGCCCCCAGGUCCAGUUCCUGCACCACAAACACACAUCCCUACUAGCCAACCUCGCUACCCUACUCCUCAUGGACACUUCGAUGAAAAUCAGCAAAAUUCACCCUUUGGACCUGGGCAAAACCCAAGGGGACCAUGGACUGGGCCCCCACAGAGGCCUCCCCCUCCCCGCCCAGGAAGUACUCCAAUGCAUCCCCCUCCUCAGAGACCGCAAUCUGACUAUGGUCAAUUCUACUAAGUUUGUAAAUAUACUAGCUUGUGUUUAGAAGUGUUGCUUACAGAAUUAUUACAAAUUCUUAUUUUAAAUACAGUACAUUGUUCACUCAUGUAUGAACAUGUAUCAUAUAGAAAUAUUUUGAUCAGUUCAACUGUAACAAAAAAAUACUUGUGCUUAGGAAUAUGUUCUUUAAUCAGUGGUAUUGAAAUGUUGAUUAGUUGAUCUUGAUAAAUUUACUGCUCUGAUUAAGAAGAUAUGUUUCAAUGCUAUUUCAGUAUUUGCACUUGUAAUGGCAAGUGAGUGAAAAUAUUUCAGAACAUUCACUCUUGCUCUAUACAUGAUACAAGUUUCAGCAAUAUUAGUUGUGAUAUCUAUUCAUAUCUCCUCAAAUGUUUUGCACGCAUACAGAUCUACCAGAGUUGUGUCCCUUCCUUUCACUCAAUUCAUUGGUAGAGUGAUAAGCCUGUCAUGUACAUCUGAGAAUUGUGUAAGGGAACUAUGUAACAAAAAAUACUUUGUCUAUUAUGAUGCCUGUAUUUACAUAAUAUAAAUUGAAAUACCCUAUUUUGGUAAUAAUAGGACAAGUUCAAAGGUCAUUGCAGCAGAAGGAGCAGAAAUGAUAAGACCAAAGUGAUUACUUUUCCAUUGCUUCAACAUCAAUGUUAUGAAUUGUGCUAAGCCCAUAUUCUCAAAAAAUUUAAAUGAAACCAUAACCCAAUUUAGUACAAACUCUGGUGCUUUUGAAAAUGAAAAAAUCUUUUGAGCUUAAGAGGAUCUUGUUGACAUAAGAAACCACAUUAUCAUACAUGCUUACUAAUAUACCAGUGUUCAAAACAAAUGUUAAAUAAUGAUCAGUUAAUCUGUUUGUGAUUGAUAUUAAGGUGACAAGUAAUGAUAAGUUCUAAUGUACUUAGAUCAUAGAAUGUACCAUUCAUCAGGACAAAAAUAAAGACUCUAAGUAUUGUUAUUUGAAGGGAUACUCCAGACAAUUGUCAAAUUUCUGAUGUUCUGUUGAAGACCCAAUUAUUAUGGCCGUCUAUUGUCAUUAUUAUCUUGCCAAUUCUAAAUCAACUACAAAAUCCAAUGUAGCAGUUUUGUGUAUUUGGACUUGAUCAUUUGAUAAAAAUCAAAGAAGGGACAGCAAGACAUGAACUUGUAGUUCUCUUAUUUUCUGUUUGUGGUUAAACAUUGGAUAUCAGCUGCUCUCACAGUUCUCCUCAGAGUUUGUGUAAUUGUACAUGUAUUGGUAUGCAUCUAACAUCUCACUGGUAUAUAGUUGGCAUAGAUAAUAUGCAAACCCUUUUGUUCUAAAUUUGAAUGAGAUUUGAGUAAGAUCAUUCUAAUACGUCAUUGUACUUUAUUUUCCUUGGUACAUUUUGCCAAAUAAUAAACGUGAAAAACAAAAAAAUCUGUCAUGUUAGUCUGAUGUUUUGUAGAGAAGUACAUAUGUACAAAGCAAAUGCUACAAAGAUUUUGGUGAUUUUUGAAGAUAAGUAAAGUUUUAUGACAAAAUGAUUCAUAUUACAAUGCAUGGUUAGUCACCAAGACCAAGAAUAAGUUUAAUUUCCAGAUCACAGAAAUUGAAGGCCAAAGGUAAAAGAUGUGCUGUUGUGAAGUGUAGUAAUUCAAUGCCACAAAAAAGUGUAUACAUUUGUAAUUGAAAUAUAAAAAAAUGGUAAUGUAAAACUAUCUUUUUCUUGUAUUAAAGGCAAAAGAUUAACAUUUUACAAGUUAUUUCUGUAACUUGCAUAUUUUUUCUUUUCAUACAAUUUUUUCUUCAUUUAUGGCCACAUCUUGUUGUUACUCCAUUAUAAUGACUGAAAAUUAUUGUUGUGUAUUGUUAUAUUAGCAGGUGGAUUAAAAGAAAAUGGCUGAUAAAUAAACCAUACUUAAACUGGUACAA